GCGCUCGACCCGGACCCGCGCCUGUGGCCCUCCGGGCGGGAGGCUUGGUUCUCCUUCCUCUGCAUCGUGCUCUGGAACUGCUGCGGGUACGACUCGGCAGGCAUGGUGGCGGCCGAAGUGCGCUCGCCUCGCUCCUCCUUCCCGCGCGCGCUGUGGGGCGCGCUCGCCCUCUGGCCGACGCUGCCGCACAGCUUUCUGUUGUCCACCACUCACCGCCGCACUUACCCGCUGCUCGGCGCGUCGCUGGGUGGAGGUGGGCUCGAGGCUGCGCUGACUGCCGCGUCGGCGGUCUCGAUGGCGGGUGUGCUCUUCACGAUCCUCUGCACCUCCUCGCGCGCGCUGCUGGCGAUGGCGACGCUGCGCAUGCUGCCGCCCGCGCUGGGCCGGCUCCACCCGCGCUUCGGCACGCCAGCGGCGGCCAUCUGCGCCAACGCGUCGCUGGCGACGCUCACCCUCCGCUUCGACGACGCGCUGCAGCUGUCGAUGCUCUUCUACUGCGGCUCGGCGGCGCUGCAGUGCGCCGCUUGCGCGCGGCUCCGCUCGAUGCACCCGCAGCUGCCGCGACCCUCGCUGCUGCUUCCCACGCCGCUGCUCGGGCUGCCGUGCGCUGUCGCGUGCCUCGUCCUCCUGCUCGCGCCGCGCCGCCUCCUCGCCACCGCCGCCGCCGUCCUGGCUGCUCUCGGCGGCGGGCAUGCCGCGCUGUCGGCGCUGACGGUGCGGUGUGCCGGCGACGCCUUCGCCGCCCGCGUGGAGCACGAGCUCGAGACGCGCCGCAGGCCGCUGCGCGCCACUGUCGACACACCUCGCUGCUCGCUGCCGCCGUUGCCGUGUGCGCAGCUGUCGCGCGGAGGCUCCACGGCUGCGGCCGGCGGCGGCGAGGAGGGCAGCAGAGGAGGCGACGACGGCGAGGUGCUGCCUGGGGUGUUGGGCUAG